GGGGGUGGUGGAGGGAAACGCAUGGAGAGGUCGACUUCGACCUUUUCGCGUCGUAAUAAGUUUUGUGGCGCCGGUGGGGUUUAUUUAACACGUUUUCGUCCCAACUGCACCCGCAGAGAAACUACGCAAGCCCGUCGGAACCCGCUGUCAGCUCGAGACACAACAACCUCCCCACUGCCGCCACCAGGCACUGAAGACGAGUUGGGGGCGGAGCCGUGAGCGUCUUCCUCAGCGGAGGCAGAAGGCAGAGGCUGGGAAUGGCCGUGGGUUCACCCGGUUCGCGGUCGGUGCACGCGCAGAUAAGACUGCCUGAUGGCGGAGGCUGAGUUGAAAGAGGGCGUGUUGCGAGCGAUGAAAUGCUGCUUGGCUGAUUUUCCCGCCGAAGCCAGAGAGUUGUGUUGGUCGGAAUCAGUGCCAUACCUUGAGAGCCUUCCACCUCCCCUGGAAUUCUACAGAGAAUGGAUCUGCCCAAACAAACCAUGUGUAAUACGAAAUGCUUUCAACCAUUGGCCAGCUCUGAAGAAGUGGACCUUGGGUUACUUGAGGCAGAUAAUGGGCUCCAAGCUGGUGAGUGUGGCAGUAACCCCCAAUGGUUAUGCUGAUGCAGUUUAUCAGGACUGGUUUGUUAUGCCAGAGGAGCGUCAUAUGCCUUUCAGUGCUUUUUUGGACAUUUUAGAGAAAAAAGUGUCUUCUCCAGGAGUGUUCUAUGUGCAGAAACAGUGUUCAAACCUGACUGAGGAAUUUCCUGAACUUAUAGGUGAUGUGGAGCCUGAGAUACCUUGGAUGAGUGAAGCACUGGGAAAGAAGCCCGAUGCUGUGAAUUUCUGGCUGGGAGAAUCUUCUGCUGUGACCUCAUUACACAAAGACCAUUAUGAAAACUUGUACUGCGUAAUUUCUGGAGAGAAACAUUUUUUGUUGCAUCCGCCAAGUGACCGUCCCUUCAUCCCAUAUGAGUUGUAUCCACCAGCAACUUACCACAUCUCAGAAGAUGGGUUAUUUGAUAUUCUGGAAGAUAAAACGGCAGAGAAGGUACCCUGGAUCCCUUUAAAUCCUUUAAAUCCAGAUCUGAAACGAUACCCAGAAUAUGCUCAAGCAAAGCAUUUAAGAUGUACUGUGAAGUCUGGUGAAAUGUUGUAUCUUCCUUCUCUUUGGUUCCAUCAUGUUCAGCAAUCACAUGGCUGCAUAGCAGUGAAUUAUUGGUAUGAUAUGGAAUAUGAUCUAAAAUACUCCUAUUAUCAGCUGCUGGAUUCUCUCUCGAAAGCUGCACAACCAGUCUUGGGAUCUUCUUGGAACAGCUAACCUUUUACAUCUAAUAUGGAACUGUGCUUAGAAUGUUUGUAUACCUUUAUUCAUAUAAUUUAAAUAAAUAAUUUCAUAAUUGAUCUCAUAAGGAUAAAAGGCAAUUUUUAUAUCAUAUGAAUGCAUUAUAGGAGAUGUUGGCCAAACUGUAUCUUACACAGUUGUUUUCCUAUUUUCAGUGAAAAGCUUUGUCUCAUUACUGUGUCAGUUGCCAAAUCAUAUUCUGAUUAAGAUAACAAUAUUAUCUUAAAAAAUUAAGCAUCUCCUUUCCAAUGAGAUUUCAGGAUAAUGUUUGUAAAUGACACCAUCUACUUCUAGUGUAAAAUGGGUUUCUGCGGAUAAAGUUUUAAGUCCUCAGUAUCAUUCAAUAUCUUUGUAUGUCUGUUGGAUGAAAAAAUAUGGAGUAGUGAUUAGUGCAUAGUAUCUGCUAGCUUUCUAUUUCUUUACCCAUUAGGCCUUAAAGCAAUAUGGUCAUCUCUGAGUUCGGGCCUGGUUCAAGCAUUAUACAUUUCUAGGUUUCUGGAUAGAAGCUACUUCUCAGAAUGAUGAGGAUCAACAUGUACCAUCACCAGCAAGGAAAAGAAUAUACUGCAUAAUACUUACUGUCAUAAUUUCUCUGACAGAGCACAGAUAGUAUUCAGAUUACCACCUGUACACUAUAAUGGGAUUAUUGGGCUUCCAGUAAAUCAGUGGAUGACAUGAUGGCUACCACUCUGUCCUAACUACAUGGGUUGUGCUAGCUUUAUUUGACCUACACACAUCUGUCUCUGUUAAGACUGACGAACUGAGGAAUAAAGUAAAAGCUUAUGAAGGCUUUAGACCUGGAACUUUAUCUAGUCCUCGGCAUUUUGGAGAUGAUCAAACUCUUGCCUUGUUGGAACAAUAGAGUUACUGUUAUAAGCUGUUAAAUGACAUAUGGAUAUAAAAAAAAUCUCUAUUGAGAGACUAUUUAUUUUUAGAAAACAUUUUAGACAUGGCAGACAGCAGUUGGUACAUGGUACCAAUUUGUUAGAUGGGCAAGUAAUAAGCUCUCUUAUAUAUAAUUAUAUAUAAUUCACUUUCAGUCUUCAGCUAAAUAUAUGCAGGUUAGGAAAGAAUUGCAGGACUAGUCCCAUAACCCCUUAGUCAAGGGAUUGUUCAGCUGAACACCUAAAUAGAAUCAUCCAGCUUCCUAUAAUAUUAGGUGUUUCACUAAAUAAUGCAAGAGUCCUUCAGUAUAUUCCCCAAGUGUUAGGCAAGUAUGUUCUUUUCGAUGCAGCUGGGCAUGCAUUUUAUGCUGUUCUCUUGACUUCACACAUUGUGAUAAUCGGAAGACGCUGAAAUUGCAAAAGUCUUCCAUCUAUUAUUAAGUCACAAGCAACGGUUUCUAACAUGUAAUGUUUAGAUCCACAAACAUUGUUAAAUAAAAGCCAAAGAUGCCUGGUUUAGGUUAGCACAGAAUGGGAAUAAUUUAGCAUUGUAUGUAAGCAAUCAUGGUCCUUUGAAUGGCCUUUUAAAUUUUUAAAUAAAUGUAUAGUCUAUUAUAUGUAGUUCUUGAAUUAUGACUGGUUGCUUAACAACUGCUCAAGGUUAUGACCAACCAUUCAAAAGGAAUUUAUGACCCUAUUUCGAAGCUCUGACGUUGCUAUCUCCUUGACCACAUUUUUGUCACCCAGCAACUGGUCUCCCUUUAUAGCUGUUUGCAGCACCCUGCAAUCGCAUGACCAUGAUCUACAAUGGUUUGCAUUUAUUUCUGAUUUCCUACAAAAACUGCCCCAAACAACAAUUGGUCUGCUUAAUAACUGCGGCAUUCGCUUAACAAUACAGGUAAAAUCAGGUCUGGUCACAUGGUGACCCACUUUACAACCGUCAUGAAUUAUGAUUAAUUGCCAGGCUCAGAUAAUAUGGUAAAUCGAGGACUGCCUGUACUGUGUGUGUUUAAUCAGAAAUGAGUCCCAUUGAACUGGUUGUCUUAAAUGUAGGUAAGGAUGGAGUUGAACACAACCUUGAUUUUCAGGUGUGAUGUCAGGAAAGAGUCAGAGCAUGGACAUGUUAAUGCUGAAGAAAUAAGAUAUUCUGUCCUAUAUAUUUAUGCUAUUUUGAAUUCUGUAUACUUGUUUUCAUAUGAUGGUUGCAACAGUGAGGAUGUAGUAAUAAUUUUUGAAUUUGAAAAUUGACUAUAGUCCUUGGUGUAUAAUAUAUAUGUUAUGCUAUAAUAAUCAGUAGAGCUACUUUAUGAGCUGUUCUGAAUACUAAAUGUCAUAUACCUAUGUUCUCAGGUUAACUAUUAUGGAAAUCUUUCUGUAUUUAUCAAAAGAAGAAGAGAAAUGCUCAGGGUUUUGCAGCAAAUAAGCCAAAACUUCACAGUUAUCACAAUAUAAUUGUUAUUUUAAAGGAAUCUGUCAAGUGUGUAAUAUUGCUUUUUUUUCUGUUUUGAAAGAGGACUCAAUUAGCCAGCUUGUGAUUAUAGGAGGAAUAAAACAAGUUUACUAUCA